GGAGAAAGAUGGUAGGGGCGGGGGGGGAGGAGGAGGGUUGUGCUAGAGAAGAAGUAGAGCUGAAAUGAGAAUAAAAACUGGGAAGGACAAUAAAGUGAGAAGGCAGGUGGAAGAAUGUGUGUGUGUUUGUGUGCGCAGUAUCUGAGCUGCAGUGGCAGGACUCUCUGUGCCGCUGCUCACUGCAGCUGGAGCAGCCGGGGAGACUGCUGUUUCGGAUGCGGACAGGAUGGGUGCCAUCGAGUGGGACUGUGCGGGGACAGAGUAUAGCCUCCUCUGUGUAUGUAUGUUAUAGCUGUGUGACGUGCACUAGGUCUGAGUGUAGAACAGUUCAUGGUCAGUGAUAGAUGUUCAGUCUGCUGUUGAGAUGCUGUAGUUAGAGAUAUUUAAGUCAGAUCUGUAAAGUCUGGCUUUACAACAUCCAAUCAGCUAUCAGUCAGUGGGGGCUGUAACUGUGUAACAUCGGGGGGUAAUUCCCUGUUAGCAUCAUGGAUCCUCAGCAACCUGUUUUUACCCUGAUGAGGAGGUUUUGUACCUGUGUCACCCUGCUGCCUCUGCCAAGUCAGGACUGGUGUAAAAGUGACGACAGACUCCUGCAGGCUGUGGAGCAGAAUGAACCAGACAAAGUCUCUGCUCUCAUCGUCAAGAAAGGUCUCAGUCCAACCAAACUGGACGCUGAGGGCAAGUCAGCUUUCCAUCUGUGUGCGUCUCGAGGCCAUCUAGAAUGUCUGGAAGUAAUCAUUUCUCACGGAGCAGAUCUAAACAUCCCAGACGGUGCAGGCUUAAGUGUGCUACAUCUUGCGGCCAAAAAUGGACAGCCGGAGUGUUUGAAGAGACUUUUGCAGGAGAGAUUAGAAGUAGACUGCACCGACAGCAUUGGCAGAACACCUCUUCAUCACGCAGCUGUCAGCGGCUGCUUGUCCUGCACUGAGAUACUGUGGGAUUUUAAAGCGAAUCUGGACGUCCAGGACAACGACGGGGCCACUCCUCUGAUCUUAGCAGCACAGAUGAGCAGAGUGGAACUCUGCGUGUUCCUUCUGGGACGAGGUGCCAACGCUAACAUACAAGACAAACAAGGAAGAUCUGCACUGAUGCUGGCCUGUGAGAGUGACAGUGUUGAAACUGUGGCGGCUCUGCUGAGGGGCGGGGCCAACACGCAGCUGGUUGAUGACCUCGGACACAAAGCUGCUGACUACAGCGUCGCCACAGGCAACCAGGGUGUAGUGCGGAUGUUACGGGAUGGAGUUCCUCCAGCUGCAGAGGGCACAUGUGUGGAGCUCCCCAGUCUUACUCCCUCACCACAGCCACCAAGUCCUGCCCCCCGGGGCAAGUCUCCUGAGGCUCAGUCCCCCUCACCGUCCCCGCAGCCUCCAGAACCAUCAGCUCAGGUAGAAGAUGAGGAGGUGUUCGAGGAGAUCCGCAGACUCCGUCUGGAGAGAGGCCGUCUGCUCCAGAAAAUCAAAACUCUGGAACAGCAGCAGCAGAGCGCCGUGUCUGCCUUGGAGGAGUUGUCCCAGCUGAGACAGAGACUUGAAAAGGCGGAGGCGGAAAGGGACAAGCUGCUGGAGGAGCUGAAAGGAGGUCACGGUUUAGGGGCCAGCGACUCUGACGACAUUGAUGAAAUGCUGGACUUUCCAGAGAAGCUCCUCUCCAAGCGCUCCAGGGUGUCACCGGCUCAGGAGGAGGACGCUGACUCAGCCAGUCCUCCUCCUCCUCCUCCUCCUCCUCCUGCAGACAAUGGAAUUCUUUUGGAGCUGCGUAAACAUAUAGAGGAGCUGACGUCUCAGAACUCUGAACUGGUUCUGAAAGUGCAGAUGCUGGAGAUGUUUGAGAAGGACGACACAGACAUGCAGCCCUCCAGUCCAGACUCUGUCCCUCUAGCCCAGUAUGAGACGCUGAGGAAGGAAUUUGAAGCCCUGCAGGAGCGUCUGUCCCAGGCCAACGCCUCAGAGCAGACCUCCAGUGUGGCGGAGGAGUGUGGCGAUGACACAUCUCAGGAGGGAAACAGAAACGCAGAGCUCUCAGAGGCUUUAAAGGAGAAGCUGCGUGAGAUGGAGGAACAGUUGGCCUCCUCCAAGUCAGAACUGGAGGAGCUGAAGGAGCAGAUGCGUCUCGGGGUUCUUUCCGUGGAGUGUGCCGAGGAGGAUUCUGUUGUGGCAGGUGCUGGCACUGAAGGAGGCUCAGGAGCUGCUGCAGAGGAGGCACAGCAGCUGAGAGCAAGGGUGACAGAGCUGGAGGAGGAGCUUGCCAAAACGCAGGCUGAGGGAGGAGGUCAGAGCAGCCCGGACAGUAACACAGUCAAACAGCUGACAGAGAAAGUGAAGGAACUCCAGGCUGCACUGGCACAGAAGGAGUCUGUGAGGGAGGAGGUGCAGGGAGAGGAAAAAGACACAGACACAGUCAAGUGUCUUCGAGAUAAAGUGGCCGAGUUGGAGGCAGCCCUGGCAGAGAGAUCAGGAAAAGAAGGAGGAGGAGGAGGAGGAGGAGGAGGAGCAAACGAUGGAGAUCAGGUUCACCGUCUCCAGCAGCGGGUGGGAGAGCUCGAGAGCGAGCUCAGGAAGUGUGUGCCACGCUCCGAACUGGAGGAGGUGCAGGUGACUUUAGGGCUUCAGUGUGAGCAGCUGGCAAGGGAGAGGGCAGAUGUGGCCAGAAGGCUGAACGAUGCUCUGCUAGAGCUGGAGAGACUGAGGCCUCCAGCCAGUGGAGAUGAUGAGGAUGAUGAAGAGGAGGAGGAGCACUCAGGGGGGUCAGAGCCCUCAGUGACAUCAGACAUCUCCAGACGCACUCUGGACGUGGUGAGAGAAGAACUGGAGGUGGCGAGACAGGAAGCAGCUCAGGCUUUGGACUAUCUGUGUGCGGAACGAGAGGGGAGGGCACAGGAAGCCCUGCAGCUUAAAGAUGCAGUGCCACUUUCAAAACACAGGGAGGCGCUGUCUGCAGUGUCAGAGCAGCUGGCCCAAACACUACAGGAGCUCCAGGAGGAGAAGAAGCUUCGCACCAAAGCUGAGGAGCACGCGGCCUCCUUUGAGGCCAAACUGCUGGGCCUGAAGGACGCCGUACCGAGAGAGGAGUUUGACAAAUUAAAGUCAGAACUACAGCUCACCCUGCAGGCCAGUGAAAGUAGUGCAGUGGCAGCAAAGGACGCACUUACCGACAAGGAGCUGGAGCUGAGAGAACUGAAGUCUCAGAAGGCGGCAGAGCAGGGUCUGAUCUCCAAGGAGGACCAUGAGGCCUUGCGGCUCUCCAUGCAGGCUGAAAUCAACGCCACCACGGCUCGUUUAAAUGAUCUGACCAGAAAACAUGAGAAGACCUGCACUGAGGUGUUUCAGGUGCAGCGGGAGGCGCUCUUUAACAAAAGUGAGCGGCAGGUUGCUGAGACCCAGCUGGCUGCAGUGCAGCAGGAACUCAGGGAGCUAAAGGCGACGUCCAACCACAUCCAGGAGCUCCACAGAAACAUUCAGGAAUCUCAAGGUCUGGUCAAGGAGAAGGACCGGAAGAUAACGGAACUUUCCAAGGAAGUGUUCCGUCUGAAGGAGGCUUUAGGAGCUCUGUCGCCUCCUCUUGGCAUCACAUCCUCCUCCUUAUCAGUUUCCAGCCAUCCUGGAAACCCUGGACAACAAAUGGCCCUGCAGAACAGGGUCUCUAUACUCACCCAGCAGCUCCAGGACUGGGAGAGAAAACACAAACAGGUGGUCACAGUGUACCGCUCUCAUUUACUGGCAGCUGUGCAGGGUCGAAUGGAUGAAGAAGUGCAGGAGCUUCUUCUGCAGAUCUUGAGGAUGUCCAAACAGGGACAAUGAGCUGCAGAACAUGAAGCGGAGUUUCUCCACUGGCCAGGAAUCAAGCAACUCUACUGGGGAUAUAAUAAUAGAAAUCCCAGCUCCAACGCCAAAUACAACUGAUCUGAGAUCACACAUAGCUGCAUGCAUUCAAUACAGUAACCUAACAACCAAACUGAGCGAUGGGAAGUACAGUAUGUACCUAACUAGCUGUAAGAGUGUGAAUGUAGACGCAGGGUGUUUUUUUUUUUAGAAUAGAUAGAAUCUGAUUGUAAGAAGUGACUUGAUUUUUUUUAUAUUCUGUUGUAAUAAUAAAAAAAUGAAAAAUAA